AUGCACUUGGCUGCAUGCAAGAGAAAAGAUCGAGAAUUUUCCCUUUCCCGCAUUUUCCUGCAGGCCUGCACGGGCUCCUCUUGUCUGUUUUUCGCCGGAUUUGCACCAACCAAGUGGUCCGACAGCCAGCUUGCCUGCCUGUCAUGUCUCUCUCCCACCUCUCGGCAUCGGCAGCAUCGCUUCUCGGCCAUCGCGGCAUCGUUGUCAAUCCCUGCAUCAGCCAAGUUUCCUCUCUUGUUACUUGUAUUCAAAGAUGCUACUUCGAACCUGACGGACCUAAUUCGGUGUAUUCCAUGCGCACCCGCCAGGCGUGGUAAGCUUUGGUCAGCUUUGCGGAUGAGUCAGUAG